AUGACAACCCUUACAAAAGAACAAUUCGCCCGUCUAAUGGCCCAUCUACAACCAACAAACGCGACGUCACAAGCCAGCUUUGCGCAGCGUAUCGCUUGCUUUGCAGACUCACGCGAUCCACAGAUGGUCGAAGAAUUUGUUAACGUCACGUCCAUCUUCAGAAGGUGUAUGAAGAUCGCCGACGCUGAUGCCCUUUGUGAAAUCCCAAGCCACCACAUGGGACCAAGCCGUGGGCUUAAUAAGCGGGGAUUCACUCCAAAGAAGCCGGACUACCAGGUAUACGUGGAAAUUUUCAAAACCACGCAGGACAAGGCCACGCCCACCGAUCUCUUCGUGUGUCAGAAGAGAGCGCUGUACAGUUAG